UUAGUGAUCUUGUAUCUUUGUGUUGAUUUAGUCAGUCAAAUUAAAAUAAUUGACUUUCUAUGAGUGACUUGCCCAGUGUGUUGUGGUCGUAAUAAUAAAUAAUUUAACUGUAAAUCAAGAGAAUAAUUUACAAUUUUUAUAAAUAUUAUGUUUAAAUAACAAGAAUACAUAAAUGUUAAAAUGCCUAGCAUUAGAAAAUAUCGACGUGAUACAAGUGAAGUCAGCUGUUGUUUAAAAUAUGUAAUAUUUGGUGUAAAUGUGCUAUUCUGGUUCCUUGGACUGAUUGUGUUGGCGGUAGGAGUAUGGGCUUGGUCUGAAAAGGAUACAUUUAAUAACCUCUCCAGACUUACAAAUAUAGCUCUGGAUCCUGCAUUUAUAUUAAUAUGUGUUGGAACCAUAACAUUUAUAAUUGGAUUUACUGGCUGCGUUGGCGCAUUGCGUGAGAACACUUGUCUGUUGGCUUGCUAUGCAGUGUUCCUUGCGCUAUUGUUACUGGCAGAGAUGACAACGGGAAUACUGUUCUUUGUCUUUAAAGAUUGGAUUAAACAACAAGCUACAAGUGGGUUCCAAACAUUCAUCACGCAUUACAGAGAGGAUCCUGACCAACAGAACUUGAUAGAUUGGAUACAGGAGGACUGGCUCCAGUGUUGCGGUGUCGAAGGUCCCCGGGAUUGGGAUCGGAAUGCGUACUUCAAUUGCUCAAGUGGUGCAGUGGGGUCCAGGGAGGCGUGCGGUGUUCCGUUCAGCUGCUGUCGCAGCAAACCGCAGGAUAUCAUCAGGAAUAAACAGUGCGGAUAUGACGUCAGAAAACCUACUUACCAAGUAUCAGAGCGUGUGAUCCACGAGCGCGGCUGCCUGGCGGCCGGCGAGGACUGGCUUCAGCGGCACUUCGCGCCAGUCGCCGCCAUCCUCCUCGUGCCGCUCGCAUUGAAGAGUUUUGAUAUAGGUAAGAUUAUAUAUGACAAAGGCUGCCUAGAGGCCGCUGAGGAGUGGUUUGACCACAAUCUGUUGAUUGUAGCUACGUCCGCUGUUUGUACUGCUUUUGCACAAAUAUUGGGCAUCUGUUUCGCUCAGAACUUGCGCGCGGACAUUUUCGCGCAGAAAGCGAAGUGGCACUGACAGUCCGCCUCUCCUGCCGCCGUGUGACGUCACAACCACACACUCGACCCCUAUACCGCGCUGUACUCCAUGUUUCCUCCCCCGUUCAGGAAUCCUGUACGAAAUUAAACAAGUACUUGAUUAAAAUAUACCUAUAAAGUCUCCAACAAUUUUACAAAUCUUUUCCUUAUUGUUUAUCAACUAAAAUGGUUUACAAUAACAAUAAAUCUACAGCAACCAACUGCUUUAUCUUGAUAUUUGUUCUAUUUGAUACUAAUGGCUAAUAUUAACUGAACAGCGAAUGAUGGUUUGUUCUGAGGCGACGCCGCUAUAAUUGCAAAAUAUUUUAUCUGUACAUGUAUGUUUUAAAGGGUUGUUUUCCAAGUUUAUUUCUCUAUAUGUCUGGUUAGAAUAUAUGUAUUUUAUUGCUGAAAGUUUCGUAUGUAAAUUAUAGUUGAACUAUAAGAGAACUCGCAUUGACUCACGUGUCAAGAAUGCGGGUGUAGUUUUGGGACCAUACAGAAGGUUUAAUUAUGUCCCAUGCGAGUCAAUUUGGUUAGUCUUAUUGUUCAAAUAUGUAAUUGUAUUUUUUUUUUAUAUACGAUAAACUGAUUUUACUUUAUCAAUCAACUUCAUAUACUCUUUAAAUUUUAAUUAUUCUUAUGAAAUAUAGCAUAACAAAUUGCUAAUAAAGCAAUUUGUUAAAAUUUGAAAUAUGAUUUGGUGCUUUUAAAAUAAAUAUGACUGAAAGGAUGUCCUGCAAAACGAUAGUACCUGACAGUUCUUAUUUUUAUAUAUCGAUAAAGUUGAUUCUAAUGGUACUAUAAAUUUAAAUUUUAUACUUUGAUUGCAAGGCAUAAGGUUCAUUAUGGUUUGCAAUCAAAUUAUAUUAAAUUAUAUCGAAUAAUUACAGAUCUGAACUGGUACACACUUCUAUCAGUAAAGUGUUUAGUGUUUAUUAAAAACAGCGCAUGAACUCCGUUUAGUGUAACUUGUUAAGUAUAAAUGAAUUGGGACGUUACUAGUAAUACUAAACACUUUAAUAAACUCUAGUGUGUAAUAGUUAUAAUACUAUUUGUAUUUAUAUAUAUGUUUUUUUUAAUACUUAGCAGAUAUGGUAAACAAUUUUUAUCACGCAUAAAAACAAAUGGCUUGAAUAAAAGAUUUUUUUAUGGAUUGAUUAUGAAUGUAUUGUUUUCGUAAUAUUAUUUAAUAGUUAAUUAAAAAAAUAACAAUGAUAGAUAUGUUCUAUUUUUAAAUGUCUAUAUAAAAUUUAAAAGAAAAGUUGUGUACUAAAUAUGCCAAGUAUGAGAAAAAAUAUACACUAUCCUUCCGUUUCCGUAUUAUGUUAUGGAUUUUCUCAUUUAGCAGGUUGCACAAUUUAACUACGACUACAAAAACUAUUUUUGUUAAGGAGCUUUCUGGAUAUGUAUUUCAAUAUCUAUUUAAUACAUAUGCCAAAAUUGUGCGUAAAGCAUCAAAUAAUGUGGAUUUAUUGUAUUCAUAUAAAUCUAAGCAACAAAAUUAUGUUCCGAAAUUGACCAGUGGCUUGAAUUCCACAAUAAUUAUUUGAAUUCUUAUUCAUGAAUGGUGCCGAUUUUAAAGUCGUUUAGUUAUAAUGUUGAAUAACUUCAUAAUAUUUUAUUUAUUUAUUAUAAUUAAUAAAUAGUUAAUAUAGUUUUACAUGUAUUGAAUAGAUUGUUAUUGUAUUAAAACUUAACACAAUACAGAGAAAUAUAAACAGAAUUAUUUUUAAAAAGGUCGGACAAUUGAUCCAGACUUUGCAGUUCUUAUAUGAGGAGUGAAAAGUCGCUUAAAAAUUAUUCAUAAUAUGUAAAAUAAAACUAUUAUGUACUUUGAUAAAAUUUAUAUUUUCUUGACUUUAAUUGGUGUACCAAAAUCGUUUAGAAUUCUCACAAAGUUAUUAAUUAAAACAACAAUGUUAAAAUAAUUCGACUGAUUUAUAUAAUUAUGUAAAAAAUAUUAUUUUAAAUGUUUCGCUAAUGUGGAAUGUAAGAUCUCAAAAUUUGAAUCUUAAUGGCUUACUUAUCACUUUCUGGAUCUGAGAUGUUAAGAUCAUUUGGCACUACCUGUCUACUUUCGAUCUAUCCUGUCAUCUUGGACAACCUGAAGAAUGUGCCUGUUAAAUCGUAAGAUGUCAAAUAUUGUUAGAAUUAUUCAAUGUGUAUUGUCCUAAUGAUGUACAGUCAGCUUUAAUAUUGCUUUCAUAAAAAAUGCUUUAUUAUUCUUAUAUCAGCCGUUAAUUGUACACUGCUGAACAUAGGCCUCUCCUAUAAGAGGGGAAAAAAAAAACCGUAGGUAAUAUUAAUUCAAUGAAAUUUAUUUGUUGACAUAUUUGUAAAUAAUAACGUUAUUACAGAAAUGUGUAUGUAUAUAUUUUUAUAUUGUAAUAACGUAUUUCGCUUGAAGAUUUUUGACUGAAAUUUUGUUUAUUUUUUAGCACAUUUGUAUAGUUUUUAUUUAUUACCUUUUUAUAAAUUUAUCUUUAAUACCUUACUAUAAAUUUAUUUAUAUUCGUUACUAACGAAUUUCGAUGAGAUUUUAUUCUUACUAUAUGCCUUAUGUACGAUGUAAUUGAAAUUUUGUCGAUAAUUGGACAUUUGGAUUUCUUAAGAACCAAAGAAUUUAUUUAACAUUUUUUUUUAAUGUAAUGUUUCUUUUACCCCAAUAAUAAUAAUAAUAUUUUUAUUAAUUAUAAUAUGAAAGUCUAUAUUAGAGUUGAUUACAUUUAAAAGCGAUGUGUUCAAACAUUGGCCAAUUAGCAACUAGCCUUAACGGGAGCUGUGAGAUGAAUUUAGUAUUGGAAUUAAAAAAGUAUUACGCAUUUAAAUUAAAACGUUGUACUUUUUUCUGUGUCGAAUGGGUUGCCGCUACUCGGAUUGUAUGUUUAAUAAUUUAAUGUAACAUACAGCAACGAUGCGUGAGACUGGCAUUUAUAUGUAUACAUUUAUUUUUUUAUAUUUAAUAUUAAUUGAAUAAAAAAGACUAAGUUAAUGUGAUGAUCAAAAAGUAUCAGCCGAUUUAGUAGUUUUUUUUUUGUAGAGUGGCAACCCUGUUAAACAUUAGUAUAUUUGAUGAUGAGGGAAAUUUGAGUUUGAAGCGCAUAAACUGGGUCGUAAGCAAGCAGCAGGAGAAUAAUAGCUGACAAUAUAAGUUUUAAUGUACUAUAGACAUAAGAAUAUUAUUAAGAUGUGUAUUAAGUAUUAGAGAUUAAGAAAUACUCAAUGGUAUGGUUCCAUUAAUUAUAUUAUAGUUACUAUUUAAAUGUUGCCAGAUUGUUUAAUGGAUUAGGCUCUUGAAACAUACAUAUUAUCAUAUGUUAUGAAUAUUCAUACGAGGGAUUUUUAAACCGAAAUACAGGAAACGUCUGUAUAUGUUAAAGUAAACAUAUAAAAAUAAAUACGUCACAACAAUUACAGGGUAGUGAAAUAAUAAACUUUAAUUAUCGGUUUUUCAUUUUUCACUAGAAUUUUAAGUGUUUAUAGUAUGUAUAGUAAAUUAAAAUGAUAAAUAUGCAAUAAAUUUCCUGUUAAUACCAUGGAAUUUAACCCUCCUUUGCAUGUUUUUUUUUAUUGGUGCAAUCAAAGUCAUAAUCAAAGUGAUAUAAUUAAUGUUUAAAUUUAAAGGAAAAAUGGUUAAAACAAUAAAUUUGACAGUUAUGUUUUUUCUUUUUGCAAUGGACAUUAAAAAUUUAUCCAGACACAAUCAACUUAAAGUGAACUUCGUCUUUUAUAUAAGUUUUAGGGAUUCAAUGUUAUGAUGGAAAUUUUCACCAGUAUGCAAUGAAAGGCAAAGAAAACACAAUAAAGUAUUUCGAAAAACUUCAAAAGCAUAAUAUUUUUUUUUAUUAUUUAAUUAUUAUAUGUUUAUAUGUGUGACUAGUUAUGUAAUUAACGUUUUAGGCCAAUAAAAAAUUUGUCAUGAUUUUUUUUAAUCCAUAUUUCUUAAUUGGUUUUAUAUGACAGUAAAUACAGACGUUGCCAAUAUUCGGUAUGAACGCUCUCGAUUCGUAAUUGAAAGAAAUAUUAAAUAGCACAAAAUUGAUAGCUUUAUAAUGUUAAAUAUUGUUUGAUAUUUUGUUGUAUCAAGGGCUAAACUUUAUUCAGCUCAAAUAUUUACACAAAAACUUUGAUUUGUUAUAAAGUUUAAUAAAUUAUUAUUUAUGCGUAAUAUAUAUAUGUUGGGAAUAUAUAGAAUAAAAUCGAAGGAAUCUCACGCUGAAUCGUGAAUAAAGUAGGCAUUCAUACUUCAAUAAACAUGUUUCUCGCAUGAACGCUUCACGUGCCUGAUUGUUACGAAGGAGUUAUAAUUUGUCGCUCGAUAUUGUGAUACGCAAUGUUAAAUGGAAUAUGCAUUAUAUUAUUGUUUCCAUGUACUAUAAUUAUUGUAACUUUGAGUCACUGCCUUAUUAAAUUUAAUACGCCAUUGCUUUUUAUAAUAUUUUGAUAUGAAAUGUUUACGUAAUAAGAUUAUGUCGUGCUAACAGUAUGCUUAGAAUAUAAAGGAUAACAUUGUACUCUUUUGCUUUGAAAUAUAGAUGGUUCUUGUUAAAUUGUAAGUGAACAGUAUUCAUGAUUAUGUACUGAAGAAAUUAUUCCAACUUUAUAUAAUGUAUCUAUAUAGAAUAGUGUAGAAGUUUAAAUUUAUUUUAAAAAUGAUUUAAUGUAAAAGAAUAAUAUUUUAUACUCAAAUAAAAUUAUGAGCAAAGUA